GCAGACCUGCGUCGACAUGUUCUCCUCCUCGAACCUAUGUCUACUACUCCUCGUCUCGACUGCGACAUCAACUUUCGCCCGCGCGCUGAUUCCUCAAGCCGCCCUCAGCGACUCAAGCCAGAUCCGAAUUCAGCCAGCAGAGCAACACAUUCCUCCACCUCGAACAGUCACUGGCGGUAAACAUCCAUUCGAUGCGGCGAUAGCUUCGGUCGGAGUGCUGUUCACAUCCCUGGAUCCGAACGCGGAGGAUAUGAUGCAUCUCUGGCUGCCGCUAGGCAAGACCGUGACAACGAGUAAGAACAUUCCAGUGGGAUUCCACAAGAUGUCUCGUCGCUGACUUUCUCUCUCUUCUUCUGAACAGGCAGCUCGCCCAUCCUACCUCUCCAACCAUCAACAGCCCGCGUAACGACAUUCAUCCACUCGCGACCUGAUCUGGUGGGUCCAGAGUUUCUGAACCGGAUACAAUGCGAGCUCUCGAUGUAUAGCAAUCGCACCGAAGGCGCAGAUGAGACGGAGCGGUGGAAAGUCUCGUUCUCAGAGAAGGAUGGCCUGGUGCGAUUUGCGGAUAGACACGGGCCGUUCUGGCUGGGUGGAUCGGAGGUGGAGAGCUAUCGCUGCUUCUCAUAGAGUGUGCUCCGGCUUUCGUCCUAGUUUAAUCGAUUUUGCGACCUGUUCAUUCCAUUUGCUGCGUUCAUAGCGUGCGAGAGUCGAAGCGUGGACGAGAGGGCCGAGAGGGCCUUUCCAGUGGGAAAACGGAUAUCCUAGUAUGUAUCCC